AUGACUGUUCCCGGAAUCAUCUCCGACCUAGUCGGAGACGGCGGCGAAGUAACUCCUUCCUCCGGUGGUGGUUCACGCGGGAGAAAAAUCAUUGUAGCGAACAUGUUACCUCUCCAAACCAAAAGAGACGCAGAAACUAAUAAAUGGAGCUUCACAUGGGACGAAGACUCUCUCCAGUUACAACUCAGAGACGGUUUCACUCAAGAAACAGAGUUCCUCUACGUCGGAUCACUCAACGCAGACGUGUUACCAAACGAGCAAGAAAAAGUCUCGCAGAGACUUCUCGAAGACUUCAACUGCGUCGCAACGUUCUUGUCUCAAGAGAUGCAAGAAAUGUUCUAUCUCGGCUUCUGUAAACACCAGCUAUGGCCUCUCUUCCACUACAUGCUCCCAAUGUUCCCUGACCACGGAGAUCGCUUCGAUCGCCGUCUCUGGCAAGCUUACGUCUCAGCGAACAAGAUCUUCUCGGACAGGGUUAUGGAAGUUAUAAACCCUGAGGAUGAUUACGUGUGGAUUCAAGAUUACCAUCUCAUGGUGCUUCCUACUUUCUUGAGGAAACGUUUCAACAGAAUCAAGCUUGGCUUCUUCCUUCACAGCCCUUUCCCUUCCUCUGAGAUCUACAGGACUUUGCCCGUUCGUGACGAGAUCUUGAGAGGUUUGUUGAACUGUGAUCUCAUUGGCUUCCACACGUUUGACUACGCGAGGCACUUCUUGUCUUGCUGUAGUAGAAUGCUCGGUCUUGAUUAUGAGUCUAAGAGAGGUCACAUUGGGCUUGACUACUUCGGUAGGACUGUUUACAUCAAGAUCCUUCCCGUUGGUGUCCAUAUGGGAAGGCUUGAGUCUGUUUUGAAUCUUCCCGCUACCGUGGAGAAGACGAAAGUGAUUCAAGAAGAGUACAGAGGGAAGAAACUUGUUCUUGGCAUUGAUGAUAUGGACAUUUUCAAAGGCAUUAGCUUAAAGCUUUUGGCGAUGGAGAAUCUGUUCGAGACGUAUUGGAACUUGAGAGAGAAAGUUGUUCUUGUUCAGAUAGUGAAUCCUCCAAGAUCAUCAGGUAAAGAUGUGGAAGAAGCGAAGAGAGAGACUUACGAGACUGUGAAGAGGAUCAACGAGCGUUACGCUACUCCUGGUUACAAGCCAAUAGUUCUGAUCGAUCGUCUUGUUCCUCGGUAUGAGAAGAUUGCUUACUCAGCUGCAGCGGAUUGUUGCUUAGUGACUGCGUUGAGAGAUGGCAUGAACUUAGUGCCUUAUAAGUACAUAGUCUGUAGGAACAAGGCUCUUGACUCCACGCCAAGAACUAGUACUCUUGUUGUGUCUGAGUUUAUCGGAUGCUCUCCUUCUUUGAGUGGCGCUAUUAGAGUGAAUCCAUGGGAUGUGGAUGUUGUUGCUCAAGCAGUGAACUCUGCUUUGAAGAUGAGUGAGGCAGAGAAGCACCUGAGGCAUGAGAAGCAUUAUAACUAUAUUAGCACUCAUGAUGUUGGUUAUUGGGCAAAGAGCUUCAUGCAAGAUCUUGAGAGAGCUUGUAGAGAUCAUUAUAGCAAACGCUGUUGGGGGAUUGGGUUUGGAUUAGGGUUUAGGGUUUUGUCUCUGUCUCCGAGCUUUAGGAAGCUGUCUGUGGAACACAUUGUUCCGGUUUAUAAGAAAACAGAGAGGAGAGCUAUAUUCUUGGAUUAUGAUGGCACUCUUGUCCCUGAAAGCUCCAUUACGCAAGAUCCUAGCGGUGAGGUUCUCUCUGUUUUGAAGGCUCUUUGUGAAGAUCCUAAGAACACUGUGUUUAUCGUUAGUGGAAGAGGACCAGAGUCUUUAAGUGAUUGGCUAUCUCCUUGUGAGAAUCUUGGAAUAGCAGCUGAACAUGGAUACUUCAUAAGGUGGAAUAGCAAGAGUGAAUGGGAGACUUGUUACUCGUCAACGGAUAGAGAGUGGAAGUCAAUGGUGGAGCCAGUGAUGAGAUCAUACAUGGAGGCAACAGAUGGAACAAGCAUAGAGUUUAAAGAGAGUGCUUUGGUGUGGCAUCAUCAAGACGCUGAUCCUGACUUUGGAGCAUGCCAAGCUAAAGAGCUUCUUGAUCAUCUAGAGAGCGUGCUCGCGAACGAGCCUGUUGUUGUCAAGCGAGGUCAACACAUUGUUGAAGUUAAACCACAAGGUGUGAGCAAAGGUUUAGCUGCGGAGAAAGUGAUUCGUGGGAUGGUGGAACGUGGAGAGGCACUAGAGAUGGUGAUGUGCAUAGGAGAUGAUAGAUCAGAUGAGGACAUGUUUGAGAGCAUAUUGAGUACAGUGACGAAUCCGGAGCUUCUGAUUCAGCCAGAGGUUUUUGCAUGCACCGUGGGGAGGAAACCGAGCAAAGCUAAGUACUUCUUGGACGAUGUGACUGAUGUGCUUAGGCUCUUGAAAGGUUUGGGAGAUUCAUCGAGCUUAAAGACAAUAUCUUCUAACACACAAGUCGCAUUUGAAAGCAUCGUUUAA